AUGGUGUCUCCCACGUUGUACGUCGUGGCCACGACGGCGGUCCUCUACACGGCCUACUCGAUUGCCAGCGGGCUGCGGGCAAAUGUGCAGAAGGCGCGCAGCAUCGGGCUGCCGUACUUUGUCGUGCCGUGCUUGCCGUUCAACAUGCUCUGGCAGGCAACAUGCCACAUAUGGGUGCCCUUGAUCAAGCUGCUGCCGGCGCGGCUGUGGCAGGACUGGCUAUUCAUCCUGCAGCCGGAUUGGGGAUACCGGUUCCAACAGGAGCCAUUUGAACGGCUGGGCGACUCAUUUGUGGUAGCGUCGCCGGGGGGUAUCGUGCUCUUCACGCAAGACCCCGGGGCGAUCCACGAGAUUGCAACACGGCGGGAGCACUUCCCCAAGGCGACGAAAUUCUACCAGGUGCUGGAGCUGUUUGGGCGGAACCUGCUGUCGACGGAGGGGGCGGUGUGGCGGCUGCACCGCAAGGUGACGAGCACGUCGUUCAACGAGAGGAACGCGGCAUACACGUUUGGCGAGGCAGUGCACCAAACACAGAGCCUGCUAGCAAAGUGGGGAUCGGAGGACGGCACAAUCAUGACGAUCGAGGGCGACACGAUGAAGCUGGCACUACACAUCAUCGGGUACGUGGGCUUUGGGCUGCGGUUCGUGUGGCCGGGUGAGAGGCUGCCGGCGGAGGCGGACCUGCGGCUAAACAAGUACGGCAGCCUGGAGCCGCCGGCAGGCCACAGCAUGACGUUUGCGGUGUCAGUGGAGCGGGUGCUGCAUCGGAUUAUCCUGCUGCUGAUGCUGCCGGGAUGGCUGCUGCGGGCGCUGCCGUUCCUGGCGACGCACGAGGCAUAUGAGGCAGGCGACAACUACAGGAGGUACAUGCGGGAGUUUCUGACGGAAAAGGCGGCGGCAGUGCGGGCAGGUGACCGCGGCGAGGGUGGGAUGGACAUUAUGGGACAGCUGGUGCGGACGCAGCAGGAGGACCGGUCGGGCGAGGGCCGGUUGACGGACGAGGAGAUCAUCGGCAACGCGUUCGUCAUGCUGGUGGCCGGCCACGAGACGACGGCCAACACGCUGCACUUUACGCUGCUGGAGCUAGCGGCCAAUCCGGCGGCUCAACGAGCGUUGCAGGCCGAUAUUGACCGGCUGCUGGGCCGCGAUUCAGACCCAGCCACGUGGGACUACGAGGCCAACAUCGGGGCCAUGCAGACGUCGGUGCUGGGCGCGGCCAUGAACGAGACGCUGCGUCUGAUGCCGCCUGUGGUCAACAUUCCCAAGUGGGUGCCGCCGGCGAUGGGUGGCCACCAGAUGCUGACGCUGGCCGGAGAGCCCCGGGCGUUGCCGGCGGGCAUGACGGUCAUCCUGAGCGUCAUCACGGUGCAGCGACAUCCGCGGUACUGGCCGGCGGCUGGAGCUGACGAGAAGCCGGACGUGGAUGACUUUGUGCCAGGCCGGUGGUUCCGGGACGGCGGGGAGGACGAGGACCAGGACAUCGAGGAGCACGAGGGCAGCUUUGUGCCCUUUUCCGACGGAGCGCGCAGCUGUCUCGGCCGUCGUAUUGCCCAGGUUGAGAUCCUGGCUGCGCUGGCCGUGUUGUUCCAGCGCCACAGUCUCGAGCUGGCCGUCGACGACUGGGCCGACGACGCCGCCGUGGCCGCCAUGGACCCAUCUGCCCGCUGUGCCCUCUAUGCCCGCGCCCAGGCGCGCGAGCGCGAGACGUUGCGUGGCGCCCGCACCCUGUUGACGCUGAAGCUGCACGGCGCCGCGGCCGUGCCGGUGCGGCUUGUGCCACGGGGCGAGGAGCGGUUUGUGCACUUGGUGGACUUGUAG